AUGCCUGUCACCGCUCUGAGCAUAUUCCUGGCUAGUACUGUUGCCUCACUUUCACUGGAUUGCCUUUUACAUCCGUUGGAUACAAUCAAAACACGCAUCCAGUCUCCAGAAUUUGUUGGCACCUUGCGAGGCUCAAGGACCAGCAUUCUAAGCGAUACGAAGAUCCUUCGAGGUCUCUAUCAAGGCUUAGGGCCGGUGCUUGUGACCUCAUUUCCUUCUGCGGGUGUAUUCUUCUACACAUACGAAAAUAUCCGGACCAAGUUAGCCUUUGCAUCUGACGAUCAAUCUCAACCAACUAGCUCCACCCUGGUUCUAUCGGAUAUAUCUGCGUCUUGUGUGGCAGAGAUUGCAGCAUGUCUGAUAUAUGCACCCACUGAACUCUUGAAACAAAACGCCCAAAUUGCCUUUUCGCCAUCUGCGAAGUCACCGCCACUACAAACGACGCGACAAUCCCCCAGCGCAUCCCCUGGCACCACCGUCUCGGUACUGCUGAAGAAUAUCGGUGGCCCAACACAGCUUUGGAAGGGCUACUGGGCUCUCUUGGCGCAUAAUCUACCAUGGGUUGUUAUUCAAAUGCCUCUUUAUGAAGCUCUAAGAAGGUAUAUGUCUCGGUCCGGAUCUCAAACCAAGAAGAACGACACGUUCGAGACUGUGAUGAACGCAUCCUUGAGUGCUGCCAUCGCAGGUGGAAUAACAGGUCUCUCUACUGCCCCGAUGGACGUUAUCAAGACUCGGGUGAAUUUGGAUACCCCUGAUCAGAAAUCUGGCAGGAAAGGAGUGAUCAAAGCAACGCAGAGUAUACUCAAAACAGAAGGUCUGCGAGGACUUUACAGGGGGUGUGGUAUAAACACUUUUAUGGCUGUCGUUGGCUCCGGUUUAUACUUCGGUCUUUAUGAAGGGGGGAAACAAUGGCUGGGCGAUUCCUAG